AUGGCUCCCCCCGACUACAAGGAUCUCUUCUCAAUCGAGGGCAAGACGGCCCUGGUUACAGGGGCAUCGUCGGGCAUCGGGUCCCGCUUCUCCGUAUUUCUGGCGUCACAAGGGGCAUCGGUGGUGGUGGCAGCUCGCCGGAAGGACAAGCUGCAAGACCUUGUUCAGGAGAUUGAAAAGGCGGGCGGCAAGGCAAAGGCAGUCGAGCUGGAUGUGUCGGCGGACCAGGAAUCGAUCAAGAGGAGUGUGGACGAAGCCUGGGCAGCCUUUGGAAAGCUGGAUAUUCUGGUGAACAACGCAGGGACCGCCGGUGGGGAGGGCCUUCUCAAUGACCGGCAAGAGACGUUCGACAAAAUUUUCAACACCAACGUGCGCGGUCUCUACUUCACCGCUCAAGCCGUGGCUAAGCUGAUGGUCGAUCAUGAUGUUACGGGCAGAAUCGUAAACACGAGCUCGAUUGCUGGGGCGGAGAUGGUCACAGUUGGGUACGCCAUCUACUCUGCUUCCAAGGCCGCGAUUAUCCAGCUAACCAGGGCGAUGGCGGUCGAGCUAGCUCCCAAGGGCAUCAAUGUGAACAGCAUCGCGCCCGGCGUCUUCCCGUCAGAAAUGUCGAGCCCAUUUACUGAGAGCGAACAAGCCAAGCAAGUCCAGAAGGCACUCCCUGCGCGCAGGUACGGAGACACGGAGAAGGACAUGAUGGGCGUCCUCCUGCUCCUCGUGAGCGAGAAAGCGUCACAGUACAUCGUCGGUGUGACCAUCCCCGUGGAUGGUGGACAUUCGCUGUACACCAUGGACCUAUCGAACCCAACAGCCAUCUUUGAGGAGUAG